AUGACUUACACAUCAAAAGUAGACGAUGAAAUACGCAAACGAUUCGAUUUCCCGAAAGUAGAAUUACAUCUACAUUUGGAUGGUGCUAUAAGACAUCAAACCUUACUUGACCUUUCCAUUGAAAAAAAGAUUGAUUUAAAAGGAGUGACAACAGCUGAUGAAGUACGCGAUAUUGUUGUUACUCGUGAGCCAUCAAAUUUAUCUAAAAUGCUGGAACCAUUUGAUUUAUUUCUUCCUCUUCUUGCAGGUGAUAAGGACGCUAUUGAACGAACUGCAUAUGAAUUAUGCGAGGAUGAGGCGCAAAAUGGUGUGAUAUAUUUUGAAGCGCGAUAUUCACCACAUCUUUUAUGUAAUACAGUGAAAAAUCCAGCAGCAAAUUCAAAAUAUGGAAUUUAUACCAAGAAAGGACAACUAGAUCCACAAGGUGUUAUUGAAGCGGUGAGACGAGGUUUUCUUCGUGGUGAAAAAGAAUUUGGUGUAAAAGCACGUUCAAUUUUAUGUUGCAUUCAUGGUUUUCACGAUUGGAAUGAUGAAGUACUUGAACUUGCAACAAAUUUAUCAAGUGAAGGAGUUGUUGGCAUUGAUAUAGCAGGUUGUUCAUUGGGUGCUGACGAGCAAUAUCCACCAAGUGUAUCGGAGCUUUAUCAAGAAGCAGCUAAACGAGGUAUCCAUCGUACUGUACAUGCCGGUGAGAGUGGUGGUGCAAAAGAAGUUAUCAAUGCAAUCGAAGAAAUGCAAGCAGAACGAAUUGGUCAUGGUUAUCGAUUACUUCGUGAUGAAUGUGCCUACAAAAAAUAUGCAAUUGAAAAGCGAAUUCAUUUUGAAGCAUGUCCUCUGUCAUCCGUUAUGACUGGUUCCGUACCAUUAUUAUGGUCUCACCAUCCGGUUAAACGAUUUGCGGCUGAUGGUAUUAACUUUUCGUUGAGCACUGAUGAUCCAACAUGUUUUAAUAAUAGCUUAUUAAGUGAAUAUCAACUUGCAUAUCAGAAAAUAGGCUUGACCAAAAAGCAACUUUGGGAAUGCAGUUUGAAUGCAGCACGGUCAUGUUUUGCAGAAGAAUCACUGAAGAGUGAAAUUAUUGCGAUAGUAGAAAAAGCUGAAGUAUAA